UUCAAAAAAAUUUAUAAAUUCAAAAUUUUAGGAAGUUUUUUUUCAUUUUUCGGAGGCUAGUCGUUGUGCUCCGUCGUUUUUCGUUGCUCCAAGCAAAUUUUGUUCAUUGUUUAUGUUUUUAUAGUGACAUAUUUUAAUAAACAGUUCUUCUUUUCUAUUACUUCCGUCGCUUGAUUACCUAUCGUUUAAAUAUAAAAACAGCAAGCAAUAUUAAAGAUUUUAAGAUUUGCCUGAAGUGUGCAAGUCAUUAAAAAUUCCAGACAUCACAUGUUCAGAUAUAUUUUCUUCCCAGAGGGAGAAGUCAUUUCUGUUUAUACAGGUUUAUAUCUCGUUCAUACUACAAUUUGGCGGCAUUUUAAAUCAUCGCAGUAUGGCGUCUAUGUAAUGGACGGAAACCUCUUUGUAGUGGACCACGUAUAAUGAAAUAUUGCUUCUAACAUCGCCACACGAUGACAUUUCGCGUUGGUUACAUGUAUUGAAUUGAACGCAACGUGUCUAGAAUGUCGUUGAAAGUAUUUUGACUUGUUGUGUCGUGAAAAGCAGCGAGUAACAUCUAAGUGAAUGCUUUCACAAUGCGACUGAAGACCUACUUGCUUUAAGAAUGGAUUUACAAAUUGAACAUUCACGAUAUCAAGAGAAGUUGUUGGAAAAAAGUAAACAUGCUUCAAAUGCCUACGUGAAGGGAGAUUAUGAAGAAGCCAUUUUAUUAUACACGGAGGCCUUAUCUUUGGAUCCUAAUAAUCAUGUUUUCUUUACCAAUCGUUCGGAUGUUUACUUGAAAACAAAACAGUAUGAACUUGCACUUGAGGAUGGAAAAUUCGCGGCUCACUUACAGCCAAAUUCGUCAAAGGCUCACUAUCGUCAGGCUGUAGCUCUACAAUGUUUAGGAAAAUACUACGAAUCUCUUGCUGCUUUUUCAUCUGCUUUGGCCCACGAUCAGAAAAGUCAGCAGCUGCUUUCUGGUAUCAUAGACGCAGCUUUAAGAUCUCCUUUUAAAGAUAGCAUCGAGAAAAUAUUUUCACGUCUUAAACGGGUUAACAUGGCAAAAAAUCCCUUUGUCGUAGUAACUAUAAUUGGACAGGAACUCCUUAAUGCUGGCCACAUACAACCUGCAAUCACGUGCUUAGAGAAUGCUUUAAAGAUUGGUACAGUUGGAUUACGUAUGCGUGGCUCAGUUAUUUCGGCAUUGACUAGUGCAUAUUGGAAAAUGGGUAAUAUAUCUCGUUCUGUUGAGUUAAUGAAAGAAGAUCUCGAUAUUUGCCGAUCGCUUGCCGACAAAGAUGGCGAAUGUAGGGUUUUAAGUAACCUUGGUAACGCUUAUUUUGCUAUGAAGCAACACCAGGAAGCAUUGAAUGCUCAUCGAAGUCAAUUGAUGAUUGCAUCAAAACAUAAAAAUAUAAAGUCUGCAGCAUUGGCACUGAGCUCUAUAGCACAUGUGUAUGUAUCGAUGAGUGAUUACGAGAAUGCCAUAGAGAAUCAUAAUAAAGCAAUAGAAGUAUAUCGAGAGGUAAAGGACACUUUGAACGAAGGACUGGAACUAGGAUAUCUUGGUGCAGUUCACCUUCUUGCAGGCAACGUUGAAAAGUCGAUAGAAUGUCACAGAAAACAAUUAACACUGGCGAAGGAAUUAAAAAAUGACAAAGAAAUCGCACUGGCAUACUGCAAUUUAGGAAGUGCUUAUCAUGAAUUGAGAAAUCACGAAGAGGCUGUAAAACUCCAUGGUCAGGCAUUGAAGAAAGCAGAGACGCUGGAGGAUUGGAACCUUGAAGCUCGGGCUUGUGCGGGUCUGGGAAGUGCGUAUCGAAGCACAGGUAACCAGAGUAAAGCUCUUCACUUUUACGAACGUCAUCAAAGUGUAGCAAUCAAGUUAAAAGAUCGCAUGAUGGAGGGUAGAGCUUUAUCAAAUCUAGGUAUAAUCUAUCUUGAAAAAGGAGAAUGUCUUCACGCUUUAAAGCUUCAUAAAAUACACUUGGCUAUUUGUCAAGAAUUUGGAGAUCGUACUGGUCAAGGACAGGCAUAUGGUAAUAUGGGAUGUGCAUAUUGUGCACUUAAAAAAUACGAUCAAGCAAUAAAAUAUCACGAGAAAGAGCUUGCCAUCUCAAAAGAAGUUGGAGAUCAUGUUGCUGAAGCGUGUACUCAUGGUAAUCUUGCAGUGGCUUAUCAAGGUCUUGGAAAAUCAGACAUAGCUAGAGAGCAUUAUGAGAAACAUUUAUCUCUAUCACGCACAAAUGGAGAUACGCACAAUGAAGUAAUUGCACUUUUUAAUCUUGGUAAUUUUCAUAGUUCCAGUGGAAACUUUGCUGACUCAAUUGCUUAUUAUCAGAAAUAUAUGUCGAUGAUGCAGUCGGCUGGCGACAAAAAAGGCGAGAACAAGGCUUGUCAUAAUCUAGCGUUCGCUCAUUUCUCAUUGGGUAAUUUGAAUAAAUCCGUUGAAUUAUACAAACAAAAUAUGGAGUUAUCUCGUGCGAUUGGCGACAAGCACAUGAUGGCCAGAGCUUACUGUAACCUUGGUUUGGUUUAUAAAGAUUUAUGUAACUAUGACAACUCUCUGAUGUGUCAAACACACUUUCAGAAAAUUUCUCAUGAGAUUGGGUACACUGCUGGUGAAUGUAGAGCAUUAGGGAACAUUGGGGAUGUAUAUGUUUGUACAAAUCGUUUCCGUGAGGCUAUUGUUCACUAUGAACGACAAGUUAAGAUGGCAGAGAAACUAAAAGAAAAGGACUCCAUGUGUCAGAUAUAUUCUGCUCUUGGGCAUGCGCACAAAUUGCUUGGUAACACAGAAAAAGCGCUCGUCUUUCACAAAAAGGAGCUCGAUCGUCAACGGGAAAAAGAGGAUAUUCAAGGAUUGUUUAGAGCUUUGGAUCAUAUUGGCAGCGAUUGUCUGAGCUUGGGACGAACAGAUGAAGCAUUGGAGUAUUUUACUGAACAAAAACUUAUCUCUGAUCAAAUAAAAGACCCUCGCCUGCAAGCCCGCGUAUUUGGAAAUAUUGGACUUGUAAAACAAAGCUGUGGAACUUACCAAGAAGCGAUGAAGUAUUUCGGAAAUCAGAUUGGGAUUCUUGAACGCCUAUUUCCAGGCUCCAUUGACCUAGGACGCGCAGGGAACCUGGCAGAGUGUUUUUUUAUAUCAGGAGAGCACGAAAAAGCCCGCGAAAUGUAUCAGUCAUACCUGACGUCAUCCAAAGAAGCUGGAUCGCCGAAUGAUGAGGAUAAAGCAUAUCAAGGUCUUGGAAAUACUUACAGGGCACUUGGAGAUCUUCAACAAGCUUUGUUUUGUUUUGAAAAGCGUCUUGUUUUCGCUCACGAGCUUACAAAGGCUUCAAUAAAAGGUUCUGCGUACGGUGAACUUGGAAGUCUACACAGAAGUAUGGGAAAUUUUGAACAAGCUGCAGUAUGUUAUGGUCAGCAGUUAACAUUUGCGAACGAAUGUCAAGACUUGGAAAGUGAAGGAGAAGCUGAGUGUGGACUUGGGCAAGUUUAUAUUAAGAUGGGUGACUAUGAAACUGCUUUGUCUCAUCAUGAAAAUGAACUCAAGGUUGCUGAUAAACUUCGUAGUAGCAUGAGGCAGUCACGUGCCUUUGGCAACAUCGGUAUCGUUUAUGAACUUAUGUUUGAUUAUAAAAAAGCAUCAGAAUGUCAAGAGCAACAUUUGUCAAUCGCAGCUGAGGUUGGUGAUCGUGUUGGCAAAUUAAAUGCGUACAGUAGCUUGGGUCGAAAUCAUUAUCUCAUGUCAAAUUUUGCACAGUCUAUAUCUUACUUCAAACAAGGUUUAACAAUCGCAGAAACCCUUGGCAGACGUGAAGAUGAAGCCAGGAUUAGAUAUUGGCUUGGCAUAACGUUAUUGGUAAACAGAGACAAUACAUGUUCAUUAGAGCAACUAGAGAGAGCAAUGAAUUUGUAUGAAAGCUUGCGACAUAAAGGAAUUACAAAUGGUGGAUUUCAGCUGUCGAUGCAUGAACAACAAUCUCUCUGUUAUCAGGUUAUUCAACGAAUCCUCGUUGACUCAGGAAAACGUGAAGAGGCAUUGGUUAUUGCUGAACGUUCUCGUAAUAAUGAUUUUAUUGACUUCUUAUUGGAUCGUCCAGGUGUUGAACGUCAGUAUGAGAAAGAUUGGUCUUCACUCGAAAGUUAUGAUGAAAUAAUGGAAGUUGUAAAUAAACAGAACGGAAUAUUUGUUUAUUAUUCUCUUGUAAUUGGUUAUUUAUUUAUCUGGUUGAUUGUCCCUCAACAUGGUAUCGUAAAAUUUCACGAGCUGAGGUUAUCCGAGGAGACGCCAUCACUCAUGAUUCACAGGGACAGCGGUAUGUCAAAUAUUUCAAACUCAAUGUUAGAAAGAUUGGUUGGACAAUUUCGUGAGAAUAUUGGAGUAGAGCCGGCUUGUGGAAGCUCGAUUUCAACGAUGUCUUCUAGUUUAUCAGGAAGUGAUGUAGACGAACCGUUAAGUUCAUACGACGGUACCCCGUCUGUACCGCACAGUUUUAACGACGCUCAUGGUCAGUCUUCUAGGCAAUAUGGUUUUUCUUGUUCUUCAGAGGGCAAUGAUAAGAGAAAAGGUUUUUUAAAAAUGAGAAGUCACGACAGAAAAAGAAGCGAAACGUCAUUACCAGUACAAGUUCUCUAUGAUACAUUGAUUGCACCAAUCGAAGAGUUUUUACCAAACUCUUCACGAAGCGAUGGUAGCCUUUGUGAGUUGGUUCUAGUCCUUCAAGGUGAUCUUUAUUUGGUACCAUUUGCUUUGUUGCAUGGACAAUCCAACGAAUAUCUUCAUAAGCGAUAUUCACUUUUGACGGUGCCCUCGAUCAGAGCAAUCUUAAUGUCAACCAAGACUCCUCAAGGAUCACGAUCAUCACGACUUGUUGUUGGGGAUCCACAAUUACCGCUAUCAAUGGAUCAUUACCGCUGUAAACCAAGUAUGCAAGCUGAGGCAGAGCUCGUUGGUAGUUUGUUUGGAACGAAACCAUUGACAGGAAAUAAUGCCAAUAAAGAUCGGGUUUGCCAUAAAAUCCAAGAAGCAGAAUGCAUCCACUUUGCAACUAACACUUCUUGGAAACAUUCAGCUCUUGUUUUAGCACCAAACAAGCAAGAUGAAAGGGAAACUGCUGAUAGUUUGGUACCAGUCCCCUCUGAUUUUCUUCUCACUGCAUCGGAGAUCUCAUACAUGAAAAUUCCCGCAAAAAUGGUCAUACUCAGUUGUUGCCAGAAUGAAAGCCGGAAUAAAAUGUCUAUUGAAGGACUGGUAUCUAUAAUACGUUCAUUCCUAUUGGCUGGUACAAGUUGUAUCUUGGUUUCCUUGUGGCCCGUUGCCGAGCCUGCGCACAGGCUGCUGUUGGAAGGCUUCUAUAAACGGUUUUUACGUGGAAUGCGUGCGAGUCGUGCCCUUGCACACGCAAUCAAACUGAUAAAAAGUAAUAAAGAAUAUGAUCAUCCAUCAAACUGGGCUGGCUUUCUUUUGAUUGGUCGUGAUGUUAGAGUUGUCAAGAAAACUGUCCAAUUACGUAAUACCUUGAUUGUACUUAUUGAAUCAACAUCAAACUGCAGAGAGUCUCUUAAAGUCAUCUUGCAUUUAAUUGAUAAAGCUAACCAACGUCUUCUAAACAAGAACACAUCUUUGAUGUAUACAGCUGAGAAAAGUAUUGCUACAAAACUUGGAAACACUACUGGUUGGAAGGAUGUGUUGUUGGCUGCAGGAUUUCGUUUUAGAAAAGAAUCGAAAAAUCUUCCUGAUGCUGUGUUCUUCCCAUUAAAGGAUGAAAAAGGAAAAUUACGUCAGUGUGGCGAUAUCUUACGAUCUUUGCUUGGCUUAAGUCCUACAACUUUACAAGCAAUCUGCAAAGUUCUUUCAUCUUCAAGUCUUGUCAGAACUCUUUUGGAGCUGUUUAACACCGUGUUGUCAAGUUUCUCCAAAGGUCUAAACAAUGUUCCCGUAACAAUUCUCCUCGAUUUCUGGCAUGUGACCGGAUGUCACGAGUUGCUAUCCUCUAUGGGGUUUGUCCUACUUGGUGUAGGCAAAAAUGAAGUGAUGCUAAGGUCGGGAGGAACCAACAGUAAACGUGUAUUACAAUGUGCAGUUGUCGCUCUGAAUGCUUUAUCUGGAGGUCUGGGAACAGAUAACGUAGAAUUAAAUGCAGAGUUUCCAUUGCGUCGUGCAGGUUCAAAUUCCAGUUUGAAGAGUUCAAUUUCGACAAUAUCCAGCUUUAGCUACGCUAGUGCCGAGAGCACGAUCGAAGCACGAUCGUAUCACGACAGCUCACGAAGCCACGUGAGUGAUAUUGAAUCAAUUCUCGACGACUUGGAAAAAUGUCAAGAAGAGUCAAGCGUUGAUCCUGAGUUUUCGGAUGAUCAUCAAAAUAGUCAAUAUCAUAUUCCAAUUAAUGCUGAAAGUCGAGCAUUGUCAUUGGACAAAAACCACAGAAAAAUGACGGUCAAUCUGAAGCAAAAUGUUUCAUCCUCGGAUAGUAAGAGAUCUCAAAAUGACUACAUUUUAUUAGACUCACCAAAAUCACCAGAUUUGUUGAGUGCACGUACUUUAGCAAAAACGAAAACAUUUUUACCAUUAAAUGUUGCGGAGAGCUCAUUUAGUCCUUCAUCAACAGAUAGUGGUUUCCUAGAGAAGCCCUCUGUUUGUAUUCCUAUUCAAGGAAAUAAUUUUAAAAAUGAACCUUGGAACAAUGUCAUCUUGCCUAAGUCACCAGUUGUUGAUCGAAACUUAUUUCCAUUCCAUUCGCAUUCCGGUGAAGCGUCAGAAUCUCUUGACUCCGGAUCGUCGACAAGCGUUGGCAGCCGUGAGCACAAGACUCCUGGAAGUAUUUACAAAAUGUCAAAAAGGUUGAAUGGUGGCUGUAAAUAUUCUGAUAAUAAUUCUUCUGUCGGUUUACCAUACAUGAUGAAAGGGCGCUUUGAAAGAGGGAUUUAUGCUACUGAUUAUGAACACGAUAAUCAAAAAUCGAUACGUCGAAAUGUCCCGUUACGAUCUCGGUCAGUUUCAUUUGAUAGUGUUAUUGACAGUGAUGACACCGCUGAGCAAAAAGAACGCAUAUCUAAUGAUGUAGAGGUUUUCCAUGCACUCAUCAAGAGCUCUCGUGGCUCACGCAGAACACGUGGAUAUAAAGGUAAAAUGAAUAAAAGAAUUUCAAAGUCAGAAGAAAUCUUAGAAAAUUUUGGUUCUCGCGAAGUAUUUUCCUUAGAACUUGAUAGCUGGUCACAUGACCGAGUUCGUUGUUCUAGUGAUGUAAUGUCACAUGAUCGAGUUCGAGGUUCUAGUGAUGUCAUGUCACAUGAUCGAGUUCGUGGCUCUAGUGACGCUAUUUCUAGGUUGUCUAAUAAUCCAGGUCAUGAGGAGAUGAGGUUAAAAAAUAGAGAUCAAUCCACUUCCUUAAAGCCGAGUAUCGUGCGACGAAAAUUAAACAGUGAAUACUUGGCCAAUCUUAAAAAUCUUCAAGCUUCACCAUGUUGAAGUCACUUGAAGAACCAUCGUUAAACACAAAAUGUUUUGCACAGAAUGAUUUUCAAUGAAAUUGCUGGUUCCUUUUACGUGAAACAACGGACAAUGAAACAAGUCAGGUGUUUGAAACAGUUGUUUCAACAUCAUCAUCCUAGAACAUUAAAAAUAAUUUAAGAUUUAAAUGUAAUUUUCUGUAAGUAUGUUUUUAUAUGAAAGUAAAAUUCUUUUUUAUUUACCUGCCAAAUUGCCGAUGUAUUAAAAUAAGAUCAUUCUAAAUAGGAAAGAAAUUUUAACACAUAUUCUACAGUAUAUUAAAAUUUUAGUUACGUUAUUAAUAGUUUUUAUAUUUAGUGAAAUAAGAAAUUGUAUCUGUAUUAAUAAAGUUUAUUUUCUUCAUUCAA